UUUUAAGUGCUCUCUCUCUCUCUCUCUCCCUCUCUCUCUCCGAAAGCGGUUUUUCCUUUUUCUUUCUUCUGGAGAAGACAGAAAAAGGCAAGUAAAAGCUACAACCGAUCUCUUGAAAUUCUUCCUUUUUUGAUGAUGCAUUAGGCUUUCAUUUUACGAAAUCAUAUCAGAAUCUGUUUUUUGGAUUUUGUUUUGCGGCUUGUUGGGUGGGAUUUGGUGAAUUCUAGGGUUCUUUUUUUUUUUUUUUUUUUGUGUAUCCUAGGGUUUGUUUGAUUGUUCUUAUGAAGGUUGCUUUUGAGAUAGAUCCCCAAAUUCUUGCGUUUUAGCGUAGUUUCUCUAAUCUAUAUAACGUGUUGGAUUAGGUGAAUUUGGAUAUUUCGAUCUGCAAAUUGGAAAACCUGAAUUGUUGUUGGAUUUGGGCGAGAAACGGUAUUUAGCAAUUGGUUUUAAUUUGGAGUUGGUGCUGUUGGCGGGAUUGAAUAGUAUAAUCAAGUUGGAGGAUUGGUGAAUGGUUGAAAAAUGUAGUGGAUUUUGAUGAUCGAUGUGGUUUGGAAGGACAAAUUGAAUUGAGGAUUGAUGCGUUUUUCUCUGUUAGAGGAUUCAAUAUUGAUGUUUUGUAAUGAAUCAGCAGUGACGAUUGUGGAUAUUGUGAAGAAAUGAUGGUUCGUUGAUUUGGGUUGAGGCGGAUUGGUUUGCUUCAGUUGGAGAAUUAUUUUGAUUUUUGCUGGGUUUCUUUUUUCUUUAUCUCGAACAGGUGGAUUUGAGCAACGUUUUGGUGGUUGUCAGCCUUGGAAUUAGUUGUUGGGAUAACAGAAAUUUGGGUUUUUAACCGAAGGCAGUGAAUUUAUGCUUGAAAAUGGCUACAAUGACUGAUUUAUCUCCUCCUAUCACCGUAUUAGAAGGUGUUGUGUACAGUAACGACAAUGGGUCAUCGGUGGACAAUGAGAAUUCUGAGGCUCUGGAGAGCUUGAAGCAGAUGAAUAUUGGGAAGCCUCCACGGCAUCUUUCGGUUAUUCGGCAUUGUAUGAGUAGUACUCGUCUGCUGUCUGCAGCGGAUUUGGAUACGGACAGCAGGAGUAUCGCUACAAAUUCUGCAGCAGGUGGGCAGUCUGGUUUUUUACCUGUAUUCCGAUCUGGUAGCUGCUCUGAGAUAGGUCCAAAACAAUACAUGGAAGAUGAACACAUCUGUAUAGAUAAUCUACUCGAUCAUCUUGGAGAAGCUGCGGAUAUCCCAUCACCAGGAGCUUUCUAUGGGGUAUUUGAUGGUCAUGGUGGCUUUGAUGCUGCAUCAUUCGUCCGGAAAAACAUUCUUAAGUUUAUAAUUGAGGAUUCUUAUUUCUCCACCAGUGUGGAAAAAGCCAUCAAAAGUGCAUAUGUGAAAGCUGAUCAUGCAUUUGCUGAUGCCCAUUCUCUGGAUAGCUCCUCUGGCACGACAGCGCUGACUGCCCUUAUUUUCAGAAGGACUAUGCUAAUAGCCAAUGCUGGCGAUUGCCGAGCUGUGUUGGGCAAACGAGGUAGAGCGAUUGAACUGUCCAGAGACCACAAGCCCAACUGCACUAGUGAAAGACUGAGAAUCGAGAAACUGGGUGGCAUCAUCUACGAUGGCUAUCUGAAUGGCCAGCUAUCAGUAGCGAGGGCUCUGGGGGACUGGCACAUGAAGGGCCCUAAAGGCUCUGCCUGCCCAUUAAGUGCAGAGCCAGAGUUGAAGGAGACAACUCUCACAGAGGAGGACGAGUUUCUAAUAAUGGGCUGUGAUGGCCUAUGGGAUGUGAUGAGUAGUCAGUGCGCGGUGACGAUCGUGAGGAAAGAGCUCAUGGUUCACAACGAUCCGGGGAGAUGUUCAAGAGAGCUAGUAAGGGAGGCUCUCAAGCGGAAUACAUGUGAUAAUCUAACCGUCAUCGUCAUCUGUUUUUCCCCUGACCCACCUCCUCGAAUAGAGAUCUCAAGAUCCCGUGUGCGGAGAAGUAUAUCUGCAGAUGGGCUAAGUUUUCUCAAGGGGGUCUUGGAAAGUAAUACUCCUAUAUGAUGAAGGAUUUAUGUUUUUUUUCCCCAGGGAGGUUCAUUACAGCCUUUCCAAAAUGCUUUUGGAUUUGGUGGGGGUGAUCUUUUGUGAGAUUGCUUCUGCUGGCCUUGGCUGAAAUUUCAGCCUUUGGUUAGUAAUAAAAAUAUGUAGGAUAUGUGAUUUUCAGGAAUAGGAUUUUGACAGUGUACAUCUGAGAUUACAUUAUUUGUAUCAACGGAAGCGUCCAAUUUGUUUCUUUUGUAGUAGGUUCAUGGAUUUCUCUUACAAUAAAGCUUCUUUUUGAGAA